AUGUCAAGCGGAGAGGAAUCGGUCAUUGACCGCCAACUAAUGGAUUUGGACGAAUCGAUGAGGUGAGUCUAAAAUAUGCUACGCGGCCAUGUCGGAAAUAUUUUUGCGUGUUUGGGAAGCGAUGUAAUUUUAGUCGAUAUCUUCAUAUAUUGUCUUUGAAAUAUUGCUUAUCAUAUCAAGAAAUUGUUCAGAGAUGUAUUGAGCACUUUUCUUGGGUAAAAACGGUUGUGUUAUGACCAAGAAAAAGAAAAUCUUGCAAGCGCUGCAGAGCUCUCGGAUUACCGAGCGUCUAAUUAUGUGACGCUUGGCCUAAAAAUUUAAAUACCCCGAUUGAGCGCUUUGUAUACAGUUGUGUAUUCCCAGAGAAUGUCUUGUAUAUAUAAUGAGAACAUAUUUGGAGUACUAGAAGUACUAUUUCACGACUGAGAGACGGAGCUCUUAUGCUGAAUUCGAUGUUGUGAAGAAACUAUUUGUCAGCUAGUUAUUUGAUAUCAUUGUAUUGUUUACUGCACGAGAUACUUAUAUUCACCACAUGAAACGGCUUGAGAGGGCAUGAAGCAAUUAGAAAUAAGAUAAGUUUUUACACUAAAUAGUAUAGGUAUACUUGUAAAUAUAUAAUGUAAUUUACCUAUGGUGUGAAUUUAUAUAUUUUUAUUACAUUGAAAUACAUUGAAAAUAUACCUAAAGAGAAAAAUAGUAUGUACAGUUGUGUUUAUGAGGGUAUGAGGAAAUAACUUGUAAUCUUAUUUUUUGUUAUCAGGGCUAUCAUUUGUUUUUUGAUAAUUUUUAUUCAUUAUUUGUUAUUUUCAGAGAUUUAUUUGAUGUCGGUGUGCUGGCCACUUGGGCCAUAUCCGGAGAACCGCGACAAUUCCCUGUGAGCAUGAAGAAUGGACAGCAGUGGGCAAAGAAACAGAAAAGGGGAA